AGGUUCAUCCACCAAGAUUUCUUAUCCAGAUCUUACUCUUGAAUAGUUUGUCUCCGAAGUUGUCGAUGUGUAGUUGCAAGCAAGCUUAAGUUUUUGCAGUGAAAGGAUAGAGUCCCUUUUUUCAUAUCAGAAAAGAUCCAAAUUAAUUCAGAUUUGAAAAGGACAUGAUGCAAUGUACAUGAACAACACCGGGCCUGAACUCUUAAGCGUGGGAUACUGCCUAACACCCGACGUCGAUGGCUCCCGAGACUGAGCCCGACACUACGAAAAGCAGUGCCGCAGUAAGACGCAGAGGCGGUGGAAGCUCUGAAUGGAGAAAGGCCCAGAAUCGGGCUAGUCAGAAGAGAUACAGAGAGAAGAAAAAGCGACUGAUGCUGGAGUUGGAAUCGCACACUGCGGAAGCUAAAGCGCAUCAUCGAAUGCAGGAAGCUUCUCAGUUAACACUCGCGGGACUUUCAGCCACAAGUGAUGAGCAACCUCAGAAAGACAAAAAUUUCCAAUCGGACUACCUCGGGGACAUGUUCUUGCCGCAGAGCCCCGAUCUCUGUCCUGCAGUUCACAUCGAUAGAAGGCAAACACCAUCACCUCCGAAGCCCAGAAUCCGCAUAGUGAGGACAGUAUUGCCCUUCGACUUAUCAGACCCGUUCAAGUUUAGCGGGACUCAAAUGACGUUCUGGAGAAAGGGCGCGAUGGGCGAGACUAAGUAUACGUACACAGCUGAGCAGUGUGAAAAUCAACAGGAACAGACUGCAGAUAAGUAGGCAUAUUGGUGAACAAUCUGGAAGAGUUGGAAAUAUCCCACUGAGAGGGCUCGAUGGGAGAAGUAUAGCUCAGCUGUGAGAAAGAGAGAGAGAAUAAAUUCACCAGGAAAUUUGGAUGUCCGUAAUAUCAGUGUGGACGGCGGAUUAUUACAGAUACUGGCUAUGGAUCCUCAAGACCGUAUUAGGUGACAAUCUCAGCGCGACGAUGUCGAUCAGGCAUUAUGUCAAGGUGUUCAAAACAGGAAAAUGAUCAGUUCUUCUCGUUGACAGCCUGCUUUGAGAUAGAAGGACAUGGUUUUAUUGAGCUGCCAUAAUAGUCAUGCAUUUUUAAAACCGAUGCCCUAUUUUGUGCAUGAGUAUGGGAUAAAGUCGGUCUGACAGAGCAGAUUGAAGCCAUGUUGUAAAAGAAAGCACACACUAAAGGUCACCGUCAUCUCACAGAGAGCAUAAACUGGACGUCUCAUUAUAUGCAACGCAC